CAUCCCAGUGCAUCUGCAUCAAACCUUGGAGCAUAACCCAGAUCUAAAAGGAAUCAGUGUUCCCCUACUUCUAGCUUGAGGCCCUUCCUCGAACAAUCAUCAUCAUCAUCAUCAUGGGUAACGCUGUGGGGACCCAUGAUACUAGAAAGCCCGACGAUGAGCCGGUUGAUGUGCUAAAGAACAGCUUGGAUUGGAUCAACACCCAUAUCGAGUUUGCCACCCAUGCUAGUGGGGGGUAUGGUCCAUGGGAGUUCUAUGCCCAAAUGAAGGGGUUCCUCCCCAUUCCCGAGCCCAAAGGAGACUUCCGCUACAGAUAUUCUAGCUGUCUCGAGUUGGAAGCCGAUGAUGAUCCUACUUAUCUCAGAGAAACUUCGGGUUUGCUUUCGACACCGUUUUUCCCGUGGAUCAAGAUUCCCCUGACCGAUGUCCUUUACCCUGUAUUCAGUCGGUCGGGAGGUAGAAAUAGCCAGCCUGAAUUGGAAUACUUGGAGUGUCUCGAAUAUUUUGGUGCCAACCGUGGGAAAACAAUGUGCCACGAUUACGCUAUGGAUAUGAGAGAGUCGUACGUCAUGAAGCGACAGAAAAUGAGAUACGCCUUCAUGCAACAAAACCGCGGAUGGAAAUCGAUCGAGAAAUUCCGUGGCAAAGCGAAAGAAGGCGAUUCUCCACCCUACGAACCUCCUCCACCAUCGUUAGCCCAGAACAACGUGCCCUCACCCAAAUUUUACGAAUAGUCCAUCAGCUCCAAUGAUAAAUGUGUAUCUGGAUUAGUCGAUAAAUAAUAAAUACAUUCUACACAAGAUAA